AAGAAAUGUUCAAUAUCGCGGCAACGAGCACAUUCCGCUCGAUUGAGGGAUUUCCGCAAUUAGUAUGAAAGCGGUCGCACUUGAAUUGUCGUCGAUGUUUACGCUCCGCGGAAUAGAAACGCGUAUCUGAGUGGUUGAAAGUGUGCGGAUGGUGCACGCGACACACAACGCCGGCUAUAAUUUCAGAAGAAUUCACGUAAUUUCGAGCGAAGGAGAACGAGUGCUGUUUGAUAUUUCAAAAGCAUGGGAGAAGAAGGAGCAAUCGCAAUGUCGAGCCAGUUGGGCCAGAAGAAAGUCGACGUUGAAAACCCCCACUUGGGUUCUUCGAAUAGUUGGGCAAAUUCAGAAGUCUCCUCUGUCACGAAACGAAACAUAUGCAGCACGUGCGUUACCAUUGUUGACCUCGUUAACCAUGUACUUAUCGUUUCUCUGACAGUGUUCACCUUGUACUACACGGUGGGUCCGUACGUGUCCCAGAUACACGCAACCCUUUGCACUCUCGGGUACAUCCUGAUGAUGUCGGAAGCCAUUGUCGUGUUCGCCGAUGACGGUGUCCUGACGAACUUUCUUACGCAUCGUGCCAAGAAACACCUCCACUGGGUCCUGCAGCUUCUUGGCCUGAUCCUCGUCAUUGCCGGCUUCGUGCCUAUGUAUCUGGCGAAGCACUCCCACCACUUCAAGUCGUACCACGCGAUUCUAGGUAUCACGUCUCUGGUCGUGAUGGUGUUUUUAACCGUGACCGGCUACCCUGUUUUCGUCGCGGCGAAACUUCGACAGGUAGUAAGACCGGUAGUAAUUAAGUUCGGCCACAACUUCCUGGGUAUAUCGUGCUUCGUGAUCGGUAUGGCGUCGCAGUGCUUGGGCUACAAGUACACAUCGCAAAUGAAUACUCCGUCGGUGAACGUUACGACGAUCUGUAUAAUCGUGUGUGUUUCGAUAACCUUGCUCUCGGUCAGGAAAGCUCUUCCAACUCUCUUUCAACAGUCCGCGAGAUUAUUUCGAUAAAGAAACAACGGAAUCUAGCCGUCGAAUCUAGAUCGGUGUUGCAGCUCGAGUACCAAAGUACGAGUCGAGGAAUUUUAUCGCGUUGUUUCUUUCGAAAGAGGGAGAAAAAGUGAAAUGAAAACAUUGAUUUAGACGAGAAGGAAGGCUUGAAAUCGUGGAAAACGUCAACUUAUUAUCGCGGCCUCUUUCGGUUAGGCAAACGUCUUUCGAUAAGCAAACGGCUGUUACGACAUAAUUCGAUUCUUGAAACGGUAGGCGAAACACGAUUCACGCGCGUCAGCCUGAUCGCAGCUGUAUCCUGUAUAUAUUGGAAAAUACGUAUUGCAUCAACGAAUGACGCGAUCCCAACGAGUAAUCAAAGUUCAAUUAUAUAAAGUCAUUACGCAGCAAUGUUUCGAACGUAUGUACAUAUGUGUCACCGCGCCGUUGUUACACGGCGAUUCAAAAACGGACAGAGCCCGGCGGGCGUUUCUGUUUUCCGCGAACAAGACGAUUAGCGUUGCAUUAUCAUUUUGCCAUUGAAUUACAUCGAAAUCGUUCUUCCUCCGUCGGUAGCAGGCGUAUUAUUCAUCGAGCCACGUGCUGUUAUCUGUCAAUCGAUGAUCUGGCACAUCUGGCAAUUCGAUUAACUCUGGAAUACCGCAAGGGAAUACAAUGGUCCCUGUUCAUUUUUGUUUUCAGCCAUUUUCGCGAUAUUCUAGCUCUUUGUUAUUUAUGCCUUCAGACGAAACUAAAAUUACUCGCCCGAUUGAUCCGGAUUUGUUCGAAACAAGUGGUUUCUAUGUUAAUAAAAUUACUCUCGCGUG